GAAUUAUGAAUUUGAUGAUGAAUAAAGGUAAUAAUAGCAAUAUAAGAGAUGGGUUUAGCCAUUUGACCUCCAUUUUUGCUAUCUGUUGUUCUGAUUAGUGAUUUGGGAAGGAAUUGAAGAACUUUUCAACGCAGAAAUACUCAUUAUUAGGUAGGGACCAGUCAACAACAUCGUUCAGCAAAGCCUUCUGGCAAGGUAACAUUUUAAACCACAUCUUGGGAAAAAAUACUCACUUAUGAAUGGUUAAUGAAUUCACUCUUUGUCAUAGAAAAUGCAUUAGCAAGGGGACAUUUCAAAAAGCUAUUUUGAUGUAUUGCCCUCCUGUCUCCUAGUAAUAUUGUGCUAUUAUUAUGCUCUGAAUGGCUGAUGUAAACAUAGCUGUAAAGGUGUUCGUUCGGCCAUCGGGUCAGGUUUUUCGGGUCGGUUCAGAAUCGGUUCUUGUGUCCACAUUGAUUUUUAUAUCAUUUUAAAUUCAUUUUAAAGUCGGGUUGAGUAGGGUUCGAUUUCAAAGUCGGGUAAAUAUCGGGUCAUUAGGUCUAUUUUGAACACCUCUAUAUAGCUGUACUCAAUUACUGAGGUUGGUGAAGUCAUGUUCCUGAAGGUUGUUUUAUCUAAUCUGCAGAAUUCAUUGCAGUUAUGGCUGUAUGUCAUCCGUAAUUUAAAUCAUAAUUCUACUUGGUACAAGUGCUUUAUUUGAGACCACACCUGAAAGUGACCACCUAUGCAAUGCACUAAGGAUCGGAUGAUAUUGAGAGCAAUUUACUGAUGAAUCAUAAGCAUAUAUAUAUCUUAUGAUCAGAUUCUUAAUUCUUUGGGUACUUGAAUUAUGGGUUGCGGCUUUGCAUGAACCCCAAAAUGGUCCUGUAAGAUUAAGAUGAGAUCCCCAAUGCAAAGGCCUUAAGUCAUGCUUUUGGGGAACUUUGAAUUUUUGCCGGAAUAAUUUCGAGUUGUCACCAGUAAUAUUACAGAUGAGUUUACUGUGCACUGAUGUAAUUCAUGUUUGCAGUGCAUCUUUUGACUCCACUGUGAAAAUCUGGGAAGUAGAGCUUGGGCUCCUACUGAUAGAAGCUGUGUAUGCAAUUGCAUUCAGUCCAAAUGGUGAAUUUCUAGCAAGCGGUACUGUGGAUGGAUCUUUGUAUCUGUGGUCUGUUAGGGACGGUAAAGUUAUGACCAAAUACUUUGGAAAUUAUGGGGCCAUUUAUGACAUUGCUUGGAAUAAGGAAGGGAGUAAGGUUUCUGCCUGUUUUGCCUCCAAAGUUGUGUGUGUUCUGGAUUUCAGUAUAUACAGAAAUUGUACGAUUUGUCUCAGCUCAAAUGGAAGGAUUAAAUUGCUAAUUAGAGUACAAAGUACAAAUAUGUUAACACUCAUUCAAUUGGAAUUGUACAUAUAACAUUUGGUUGGACUUCACUUCCUCCCUAUUCUAUACUUCUAUUUUCCAUUCUUGAAGAAGUACCUACCUUGAACAUGGAUGAUUAUAGAAUGCGUGAAAAACAAUUUAAGAGAAAGCUCUCAAAAUUAUAAUACUAAGUAAUUUUAACUCCUAUCGGUAUAGUCUGGGCAGAUCCAGAAAUG